AUGCUGAAGCCAAGGUUGUUUUCGACAUUGCGGUGUCUGCAGCAUGAGAACCCUCUCGGUCUUCCGCGCUCUGGUGCGCCUCCGCAGAUGCCUCGGAUGCAGCGAGGAUUGCCACAGAAGAGGAAUAUCAAAGACGUAAAGAAAGUCAUUGCUGUAUCAUCAGCAAAGGGUGGCGUUGGAAAAAGUACCAUUGCUGUGAAUCUCGCGUUGAGCUUCGCACGCCGUGGUUAUAAAGCUGGCAUUCUUGACACCGAUAUCUUUGGCCCAUCGAUACCAACCUUACUCAAUCUAUCUGGUGAACCUCGACUUUCAGCCAACAAUCAGUUAUUACCCUUAUCCAACUACGGCCUGAAAUCCAUGUCCAUGGGCUAUCUUAUCCCAGAGUCGUCACCCGUAGCAUGGAGAGGCCUCAUGGUAAUGAAAGCCCUGCAGCAACUACUGCACGAAGUGGAGUGGGGAGGCCUGGACGUCCUAGUCCUCGAUAUGCCGCCGGGCACAGGCGAUGUCCAGCUCACUAUCACCCAACAGCUCAUCCUAGACGGCGCCAUCAUCGUAUCUACACCCCAGGAUCUGUCACUCAAAGACGCUGUGAAGGGCGUCGAGCUUUUCCGUAAGGUCGAUGUGAAGCUCCUGGGCCUCGUGUGCAACAUGGCUGGCUUCAAAUGUCCGGGUUGUGGAGAUGUGCAUGAAGUGUUUGGCAAUAUGAAGAAGAUCAGAGCCAUGUGUGGGAAAUACGACUUGAACAUGCUGGGCGAGAUUCCGUUACAUGCUAGUAUUAGUGAUGACGCUGAUCGUGGGAAACCCACCGUAGUAGCAGAGCCAGAUGGGGAGCGAGCGAUGGCGUUUGGAAAGAUUGCACAGAAAGUGGAGGGUCUCAUUGGACUAGGACGAUAG